UUUAAAAACACUUUAGCAAACUCAAGUGCACCUUUCAAUGAUCCAGCCAUUAUGGCAGCCCGUGUUGCUUCGCCUCCGAACUCAUCCACACAACCAAAGGUCUCUGAACCAAUGCAGAGCCCUAUACAUACACAUCAGUAUCGUCCUUCGCCUCCGAAUCACCUACAGGACCCUCAGCAAAUGGAUGUACAAGGCUAUCAACAACAACCUCCUAUGUUUAGUCCUCCACCUGGUCUGAUGCCAAGCAUGAUGCAACCACCUUACAUGUUCCGCAACAAUAUGUCAGGUCCUCCCGGCAUGCCGCCGUCUUACAUGCACGGUCCUCCGCAGCCUUUCCCCAUGUUGCCUCCAGACAUGCGUGGGCCGCCACCCGGUAUGAGUCCAGAGGAACAUCACCAUAGAUUGGAGCAGUUUAUGCGGGCAAACCCUGGGUCGCAGUUGUAAAAUUGCAGAGAUAGUCUUUCCCUUUGUUGUUUCUAUUAAUCUGCAUUUAUUCCUUUUUUUUUUUUUACAUCUUUUUUUUUGCGUUUUAAUAUGUGUUCUGUGUGUUGAUUAGCUGGCAAUGCAGUUCAGUGCAGCGUGUACAAAGUGUUUGUCUAA